CCUCCUUCACUCUUUUCCUUCACACAAGUUUGAAGGACCUUUUUUCUUCUUUUUUUUCUUCAAACUCAUCAAAAAAAAUGGCGGAAGAACAGUACGACGGUGCCAUCGGCAUCGAUUUGGGUACCACCUACUCUUGCGUUGCCAUCUACGAGGGUACCAAUGUCGAGAUCAUUGCCAACGAGCAGGGUUCUUUCACCACCCCCUCCUUCGUCUCUUUCACCGACAAGGAGCGUCUCAUUGGUGAGGCUGCCAAGAACAAUGCUGCCAUGAACCCCCGAAACACCGUCUUCGAUGCCAAGCGUCUGAUCGGUCGCCGCUUCGAUGACCCCACCGUCAAGAAGGAUAUUGAAUCAUGGCCUUUCACCGUCACUGAGGGUGGAAAGGGCGAGCCCCUCGUCCAGGUUGAGUACCUUGGCGAGACCAAGACCUUCACUCCUCCCCAGAUCUCCGCCAUGGUCCUCGGAAAGAUGAAGGACAUUGCUGAGGUCAAGCUCGGCAAGAAGGUCAAGAAGGCCGUUGUCACUGUCCCUGCCUACUUCAACGACGCUCAGCGUCAGGCUACCAAGGACGCUGGUCAGAUUGCUGACCUUGAUGUUCUCCGUAUCAUCAACGAGCCUACCGCUGCCGCUAUUGCCUACGGUCUGGGCUCCGGCAAGACUGAGAAGGAGCGUAACGUCCUGAUCUACGAUCUUGGUGGUGGUACUUUCGAUGUUUCCCUGCUCAGCAUCCAGGGCGGUGUCUUCACUGUCAAGGCUACCGCUGGUGACACCCACUUGGGUGGCCAGGACUUCGACACCAACCUGUUGGACCACUGCAAGAAGGAGUUCAUCCGCAAGUCCAAGAAGGACCCCAGCAACGACCCCCGUGCUCUCCGAAGACUCCGUACUGCUUGCGAGCGUGCCAAGCGUACCCUCUCCAGCGGUGCCCAGGCCACCAUUGAGAUUGACUCUCUCUUCGAGGGUGAGGACUUCACCAUGACCAUCACCCGUGCUCGUUUCGAGGAGCUCAACGCCAAGGCCUUCUCCGGUACCCUCGAGCCUGUUGCUCAGGUCCUCAAGGAUGCCGCUAUGGAGAAGAGCGCCGUUGAGGAGAUUGUCCUCGUCGGUGGUUCUACCCGUAUCCCCAAGAUCCAGAAGCUUCUGUCCGAGUUCUUCGAUGGCAAGAAGCUCGAGAAGAGCAUCAACCCCGAUGAGGCCGUCGCCUACGGUGCCGCCGUCCAGGCCGGUAUCCUCUCCGGAAAGGCUACUUCCGCUGAGACCGCCGACCUUCUGCUGCUCGACGUUGUCCCCCUGUCCCUCGGUGUCGCUAUGGAGGGCAACAUCUUCGCUCCUGUCAUCAGCCGUGGCCAGACUGUCCCCACCCUGAAGAAGCGAACCUUCACCACUGUUGCCGACAACCAGCAGACCGUUCAGUUCCCCGUUUUCCAGGGUGAGCGUGUCAACUGCGAGGACAACACCUCCCUGGGUGAGUUCACCCUUGCUCCCAUCCCUCCCAUGAGGGCUGGUGAGGCCGUUCUCGAGGUCGUCUUCGAGGUCGACGUCAACGGUAUUCUCAAGGUCACUGCCAGCGAGAAGACCUCUGGCCGCAGCGCCAACAUCACCAUCUCCAACUCCGUUGGCAAGCUUUCUACCACCGAGAUUGAGAAGAUGAUCAGCGAUGCUGAGGCCUUCAAGACCAACGAUGAGGCUUUCAGCAAGCGAUUCGAGGCCAAGCAGCAGCUUGAGUCUUACAUCGGCCGUGUUGAGGAGAUUGUCUCCGACCCCACCCUGUCCCUCAAGCUUAAGCGUGGCCAGAAGGACAAGAUUGAGCAGACCAUCAGCGAGGCUAUGGCUCAGCUCGAGCUCACCGAUGCCACCGCUGAGGACCUGAAGAAGCAGGAGCUCGCCCUUAAGCGCCUUGUCACCAAGGCUAUGUCCUCCCGAUAAAUGUCCUAAAAUUGGACGAGGAUGAAGGGGAUUUAAGAAAAGUAAAGUAGGCUGUGGCUGGAUUCCGGGAGUUGGGUGUGGAAAUCAAAAAAAUCUGGGUGACUGGUAGCGUCAAAAAGGAAGAAACGCUGGCUAGUCCUAGGCGCUUGGGAAGAGCGCUCUCUAGGAGAGAAAAUCAAACCUCCUAUUUUUUUUUCCUUGUUUCAUACAUUUUUUUUUCAUCAACCUGUGUCCAUUCAAUUGAGAAGAUACCGAGGGCAUCUGAAGAGUUUUUUUUUUUUUGCAUUUUUCACUCUCCUCGACUUUCUUGCAUGGGUGCAAAUAAUGAUAUGCCAAAAAAGAAAAAAUAAGCCGAGGUUUUCAUGAAAAACGACGAUGACAAUGCUGCUGCUACUGCUGCACGGCGGGAUGGAAAAACUGCAUAUGGAAAGGCAUGAACGAUAAGUGGACUAAGCAUAGACUUGGUAGAAUGGAAAAUACGGAUUGAAACCGUUUUCAAAUUA